AAAUUGAAAAAGCAGAUCUUGGGGAUUCGCUUGUUUCGAAAGAGGAAGAAAGGCACGAGGUUGAAGCUGGAAAUCGGGGUCAGUGAAAAAACUGAGCUUUGUAGUGUGAAAUCAGAACUUGGGUUUUCUGGGGUUCCAAAAGAGGAUGAAAAAACUGAACUUGUUGACUUUAACUCGAAUGCUGAGGGCAGAAGUGAAGCUGAAAUUGGGGUUUCAGCUGUGGAGGUGAAAAGUCAAUUUGUGGAUUGUGAGAUGACACCUUGCGAUUCUAAGAUCUCGCAAGAAGAUGAACCUAGUAGUAGAUUAGACGAAGAAGGAUCUUUGUUGGAGACCAGUGUUUUGAACAAGGAACUUGGUGUCAAUGUAAUUAAUGGGGAGCAAAUUGUUGGGUUGGGUGGCAGCAAGUUUGAGUAUGGUGAUGAAGAGAGGGAGAGGUUUAAUGGCAUUCUAAAGCGUUAUGUAGGAACUCACAACUUCCACAAUUUCACGACAAGAACAAAGGCAGAAGACCCAUCAGCUCGGAGAUACAUAAUCUCCUUCAAUGCUGAUCGUGUUGUUAGUCUUGAAGGGAUUGAGUUUGUGAGAUGUGAGGUUGUUGGCCAGAGCUUCAUGCUUCAUCAGAUACGGAAGAUGAUUGGUCUCGCAGUUGCCAUGAUGAGGAAUUGCUGCCCAGAGUCCUUGAUGGAUAUGGCGCUAAGACAGGAUAUAAAUAUCAAUGUGCCAACGGCGCCAGAGGUUGGGUUGUAUUUAGAUGAAUGUUUCUUCACUUCUUACAACCAAAAGUGGAAGGAUUCACAUGAGGCACUCUCCAUGGAUGCUUAUGCUAAACAAGCUGAAGAAUUUAAGUUGAAAUAUAUAUUCUCUCACAUUGCGUCUAUGGAACACAAAGAAGGAGCUGUUGCUCUAUGGCUUCAUUCCUUGAACCAUCGUAAUUAUCCUGAUUUUCGUUUCCAAGAGUCAAAGGGAAGGUCUGCAAACGGUGAACAUGCCAAAGUUGAUAAAAUGGCAGAUUAAUUUCCUCUUAUGAACAUUCUGUUAUGGUAUGUUACAAUUUUCUUCUUUAUCGAUUCAGAGAGAAGGUUUGUUGUAUUUUUUCCCCUGAUAAUUACUUUUAUUGAUUAAGGACUCCGUUAUAGUCA